AUGCUCGCCAGGACAGCACUAUUCUUUUUCCUCUGCGCCAUCUACACCGUCUAUGGGGAUGUAGACAUCAUAACAGAACCACGUCCAGGAGAAGAAUAUGUAUUGGUUAGUUCCGGCCAACAAACACCUUUAAGAAAUUUUGAAACAUCACACAAAAUUCCAGAGAAACACCCACAACACCGCAUUCUUAAACAAGAAGAGGGGAAUGAUAAAAUUAUUAAGAAAUUACAUAGUGGUAAGAUUAAACAUUCUAAUGAAGGUAUAAUAUCCAUUGAAGAAGAUAAGAAAGCUUUGUUCAAAAAGGGACAAAAGAUAAAAGCAUCCGAAUCAAUUGAAGUCGAUGUACCUGUGUCCAAAAUAGAAGACAUAAAAAUAAAAGAGAACUUAAAGAAUGUAGAAACAAAUCCACAGUUGGCAGUUGCCUUAGAAGCUAUGUCUGAAUCCGGGAAAUUGAACAAUAAAUCUGGUACUACAACCCAAAAACCCAUUCUAACGACUGAAUCUAUAAGCACGACUAAGGGGUAUGACUACAUUCCUAUUAAUUUUGAUACCAUAGAUGACAUUAACAGUGGUUUGUUAUCAUCCAAUAUCAAACUUGAAACCGCUGGUUCCGAGCAGAAACAGCACUCAAGAAUACAAGUCAAGAAAGGUCCUAAUGGUCAAGAUUAUGAAUACGAAUAUGUUUACUACUACUACGACGAAGACGAAGAAGCUAAAAAAGAAGGAAAAGAGAAAACAACAGCUACUACAGAGAAGAUAGUGGAACCUACACAUAAUUCACAUGAUGGACCAGCUAAGGUCGAAUCUGAAAAUCAAAUAAGUAGAGACAGUAGAAGAAGUAAAUACAGUACAAUUGAUAGAUCAAGUCUAACAACAGCCGCCACUCCUGAAGUGCAAAACGAAGUAUUGCAAACACCAACUAGAGGCCGCUCUCGUGGUCGUAAUAUAGCCCCCGCACCUGUAGAGGAAGAAGUUGAAGACGAAAGGUUACCGUCGAGCACUCGCUUCCCACCUCGUGGUCGUUACUUACCUGCACCGAGUACGACUACCACUGAAGCCCCGGAAUUAUUGUCGGAAACGAUUAAAUAUCGAGGUCGCCAACAAAGUGACAGUGUUGCCGACGAGUCCAUAGGUCAGACGCGAAGCAGAACACGAGCUCACAUAAGACGGCCAAGCUCAGAACUCGUAGAUCUUGACAGCUUUAAGACUAACUCAGGCGACAUCCCCUCUCAGUACAAAGAACCUCCCACGAGAUAUUCCUCCGAAAGCAAAACCACAACAGAGAUUACUGAAGGAGCACUAAUUACAAAUCAACCGUCGCACUCCAAAGAUUCUGCAAGGCAAGGUCAUAGUUUGAAUGGAAAUUUUAUAUUCCAAGAAGUACUAGAUGAUUCAAAAUUGCCAGCCGAUUAUAAGAGAACCACUACAUACGAACAAGAUACAACCGAGUAUACGACAAUGACCGCAAUGGAAAAGGUUGCUCUUGACCUUUACGCCUAUCUAGCAGGGGAGAACUUAAAUAACGAAAUAAGCUCGUCUAAUGAUUUAUUGACUUUUGAUGGAUCCACUACUGUUGAUGACGAUGGAUGGACAACGGAAUUGAUAACUACUACAGAAGAGGAGACUACAACUGGAAGUACGACUACUACCACAACUACGACAACGACAACUACAACUACGACUACUACACCGGCACCAACUACAACCACUACUACUACAUUGGCGCCCACUACCCGCCCUUCGAGAUUUAAGGGUCGCCCUGGAGCCCGUGGUCGAGCAUCUGUUUCAACGAGUGCUGCUACUGAAGCUCCAUUGGAAACCUCUACAAAAGCUAGAGGUCGAUUCGGCAAACCGAACGGAGGCCGCAAAGUGACCGUUGCUUCCACCUCAGCCGCCUCAGAGUCCACCUCCACUGCGCCAGUAGAUAAACCAGCCACCCAACCAAAGGCGUUUGGACGGAAAGGACUAUUUUCGGGUAGAACUCGUCCUAGUUCUUCUACGGCUGCACCUCCACAAGACUCGCCAACCAUCUCGACAGAAGCCACUGCACCUAGAGCCCGAUUGCGGCCUGGACUCAGACGUGGAACGACGACGACAGCGGCUACCACGGUCGCACCGUCAUCUGCCGCUGCUUCUGGAUCAUCUGCAGAAGAGACUUCCGCCUCCAGCGCUGGCUCGGGAGAAGUCGCUGAAACUACGCUCGCACCUGUCAGGACUAUCGGUCGCAGACCUGGCCAGCUGCGCCCAGUGCCAUCGCUACGGCCAGGCCCAAGGUUAAAUCUACGACCCAACGCUCGCGCGAGGCCGGGACUCGUUAGUGCUGCACCAGCAGAAACAUCUGAAACUUCUGCACCUGACACUUCUGCCUCUGAAUCUCCCGUGACUUCCUCCUCUGAAGCAGAAGUUGAGGGUUCACCAGCGACUCCUGCGCCUGAACAACCGCGUAUAGGUGGAUUGAGGAUCAGAAACCGACUACAAGUUUCACCCUCGCCCAAGCCCCGUGUUGCUGUGACUCCACUGCCUCGUCGUCCCAAUCCAUUGCUUAAGAGAAAACAAACUACUGAGGCAACAACGGAGGCACCAAAGAAGUCCUCCAUGGAAACGACAGAAGAAAGCACGAGUGAGGAGAAAAGCGAAACCGAGACUGAGGCGCAGCCUGCGGAGACUACACCAGCACCUCCAUUACGGGGCUUAGACGCUCUAAUCGCUCGUCGCAGAGCCGCUGGAAUCGGAGGUCGCAUUGCCAGACCCGCCAGAGGAGCGCGCCAAUCAAAAUAA